CGUGCACACGAAAAGGCGCGAAUUUCAAAAUGUUAAAUCUGGAAACAGUAUUUUCCAAUCCGAUACUAAAACAAAGUAAUAAUUUGUUGAAAGUGCGAAUAUGUUUUUAUAGUAUAUCUUACGUGCAUUUAGUGGUCGUCGCUAGUUUAUUGUUAACAAUAGACUUUAGUAAAUCAGAAGAUCCAAAUAUUAGAUUAUAUCAGCAAACGAGAUGGAAAUUAAUUACGGCCUGGUUCAAUCUUUUCACCAUGGUAUAUUUCCCGACGUGCAUUUACUGUGAUUGGCGAGAUCUAAGAGGCGAAGCACACUGGAGGCACGUCAAGAUCCUGAAUCAAUUUCGAGACUUGUGUUUCACUAGUAUACUAUUACCUACUACUGCCUUCGGAGACAUACUAUUCUGGCGAGUCUGGAAUAAAGACCGCGAGCUAAUAGCACCUCUGAAGAUUCACGAGAUUGUACCGUUUUGGACACAGCACUGCAUGCACACGGUGUCGCUGAUCAUCAUGCUCGUGGAUCUGGCACUUGUACGAAGAGAACGACCGAAGAAUAUGGUACCAGGCUUAGCUUUACUCUCAACAUUCCUUAUAGCCUACACCGUUGUGUGCAUAAACAGCUAUAUGAAUGAAGAAUACAUAUACCCCGGACUGAAACAGUUCACAGGAUUUAAAAUACCAGCUUUGAUAGCGUAUUUUUUCAUUGAAAAUCUGUUCUACUAUUUUAGCCAAUGGCUAAUAAUAGAUAUGGUAUGGGGAAACGGCAACAAAAAAAUGGUUUAAA